AUGUGGAAUUAAGUAGUUAAUCAGUUAAUUUCGGAGAGGUUAAAAUCGAUAAAGAAGUAAGUAGACUAAGUUACUAUUUACAAUAAAAGUGAUUUAUAGACUAGUUUUUAAUUUAUGAAUGAUUAAGGCAAUAUUUUUAGUAUUAGUCCAGUUUAAGGAAUUAUUAAACCUAAACAAAAUUCGAGAAUUAUUAUUUCUUUUAAACCGAAUCAUACUAUAUGUUAUUAUGAAAGAGUAUAUUUAUAUACCAAUAUAUAUUUAUUUUUUAUAGGUUUUUGUAUUGUUAGAAAUCAUAGGUUAUUUCAUAUUGAUUUAAUAGGAACAUGUUAUGAUUUAUUAAUAAAACCAAUUCCUUUAUAAUAAAAACAUAUAGAUGCAUUCAGAAAAAGAGUAAUACAAGGAAAGCUUUCCGAAAUAGAUUUUAAAUAUAUGGAAAAUGCAUUUUUAUUAAAAUAAAAAAAUAUGAUGAAUUAAAAUAAUAUAGAACUAGAAGAAGAAAUACACGAAAACGCAAAUUAAGUUGUUUUACAUAAAGAAAUGUUUUUACCUUGUAAUUCUAAAUAAAAACUAAUUUAUUUAAAUGAAGAAUUUCUAGAUUUCGGGUUUUGUUAAUUCAUGUAAGAAAGUGCCCCUUUCUAAGUAGAAUUAACUAACAAACUACAAUGUAAAAUCACUGUCUUUUGGACAAUUUAAAAAAAACAAAAUAUCAAUAAUGAACUACUUCCAGUUUUUAUAGUAAAACCUCAAACAAUCAGUAUUAAAGCAAAUUCAACUUAAGUAUUCGAAAUUUCCUUUAGACCAAUAAAAAACUCAUAUUACUAUUUCUAAAACUUAUAAUUUUUCGCCUUUAAAUACAAUUCCAAAAUCACUAAAUUAUUAAUCGAAGACAUAAAAAAAAACAAUAACCCAUCUAAAACAUUCACAAGCUCUUUCCGUGAAAACCUCAAAUUAACAAAUACACUAAAUUAAAAUACUAACAAUGAAAACAUCCUUAAUUAAAACGAGACUAUUCCUCCAUAUUCCUCGUCUAUAAAAUGUGUAGGCCACUCUUUUGGUUUAAAUUGUUAACCAUUUAUUCCAAUUCUUUAAUUUAAUCCAUCAAAUAAAAUCACUUUCAAUGCCUGUUCUUUAUAAGAAAGUCUUUAUUAAACCGUAGAAUUAUCAAAUCUUUCCGAUACGCCCACUUUUUUUAAAUUCCUCCCCGAUCUAUCCAAAUCAUAUAGAAUUUUCCCAAACGUAGGAAUAAUUUAAGCCAAAUCAUUUAUAAUAUUAACCAUUGAAUUCAUUCCCUCAGAAUAUAAAGCUUAUAAUAAUACCCUAUCUUGUUAUUUAAACCACAAUGCAUCGAAUAUAUUAAACCUCCAUUUGCACGGAUUUUGCUCUAAACCUAAACUAAGCUUAUAAAAUGAAGGAAAAAUAUACUUCCCGCCCUCAUAUACUGGAGUUUAUUCACGCUAAAAGGUCAAAAUAGACAAUUUAUCCAGAAUUACGUUAGAAUAUAAAAUUUAUGUCCCACCAAAAUACUCCCAAGAGCUAUAUUUGGAGCCUUCUGAGGGUAAAAUAAAGCCUAAUGAGCAUAUUUUUAUAGACUGUUCAUUUAUUCCUUAUAAAAAGAAGAAUUAUAGGAUAAAAGUGCCUAUUUAAAUACUUGAAAUACUCGAUUUUUCGUAAAAUUUAAUCGGUUAUCACCUCCCAAAUAGCGGAAAUCCAUAGUAUCCGUUGAAAAUGAGAAAUCCAAUGGAAGUUUCUUAUAAUUUUGAAGUUUUUGGAGCUGGUGGAGAUGGUUCAUUGUCUAUUUAACCAGAAAAAAUGGAAUUUGAUGUCGUAAAAGUGGGUUUUACGGAUAAAAAAUAUGCCACUUUACAUAAUUUUUCGAAUUGUACAUUUUAUGUAGAGUUGAAAUUAAGACGAGAAGAUAAUUAAGAUGAUAAUUUUUUAGAAUAAAACUUCGAAUUAGACUUCAAAUAGGGUAUAAUAGCUGCUAAUUCGAAGGUAGAUGUAGGAAUUAUAUUCAAUCCAACAAAAGUAGGGGAUUAUAAUCUAGUAUUAGAUGUAAUUGCGUAAGAAAAAACCCAAAGAGAGCUGCAAGUGCCAUUAAUAGGAAACUCUUUAGCCAAAAAUGUGCUCUAAAUAUACACGCAAAGGGUUCUUAUCCUCAAUUGA